UCGAUAGUGUCAUCGAUGGUUUGACAGCUCUAGUCAGACUAUUUUUGGCAAGAAAAUUUUCCUUGUUUUAUUUGAAUAGAAUAAAAUGACUCAAAAGUGCGAGACCACCAACUGCGGCAAGGAAGCGACACUGCAGUGUCCCACGUGCCUGAAACUGGGCAUCAAGGGAUCCUUCUUCUGCUCGCAGCCGUGCUUCAAGGGUUUUUGGAAGGAGCACAAGGCGAUCCAUGCUUUGGCAGCUGGGGCCUCGAACUCAUCUGGACAGGAUGGUGCUUACAACCCUUGGCCGCAUUUCCGUUUCACCGGCAAGCUGCGGCCCUACCCACAGACUCCUAAGCGGACCGUUCCGGAGCUAAUCCAACGACCGGAUUACGCCGAUCACCCCGCUGGACGUUCCCUCUCGGAGGAGGCACUCCGCGGAACAAAGAUCAAGGUGCUGGACGACGAGGAAAUAGAGGGGAUGCGAGUGGCCGGAAGACUUGGACGAGAAUGUCUGGAUGAGGGCGCCAAGGCCGUGGAGGUGGGCACGACCACCGACGAACUGGACCGCCUAGUCCACGAGGCCGCCAUUGAACGGGAGUGCUAUCCCUCACCCCUAAACUACUACAACUUUCCCAAAUCCUGCUGCACCUCAGUCAACGAGGUGAUCUGCCAUGGCAUCCCCGACCAGCGACCUCUGCAGGAUGGAGAUCUCUGCAAUAUCGAUGUAACCGUCUAUCAUCGCGGCUUCCAUGGGGAUCUUAACGAGACAUUCUUCGUGGGCAAUGUCGCGGAGAAGCAUAAGAAACUGGUGCAGGUCACCCACGAGGCGUUAAGCAAAGCCAUUGAGUUCGUGCGUCCUGGGGAGAAGUAUCGCGACAUCGGCAACGUUAUCCAGAAGUAUGUCGCCCCUCAUGGAUUCAGUGUGGUGCGCAGCUAUUGCGGCCACGGCAUUCACCGUGUUUUCCACACCGCGCCUAAUGUGCCUCACUAUGCCAAAAACUCAGCUGUGGGAGUGAUGGCCGUUGGCCACUGCUUCACCAUCGAGCCCAUGAUCUCCAUUGGCGUCCAGAAGGCUGAAACCUGGCCAGAUGACUGGACAGCAGUUACCGCAGAUGGUCUGUACUCCGCCCAGUUCGAGCAGACGCUCCUGGUCAACGAAACCGGAUGCGAGAUCCUUACGAAACGUCGUGAGAACAACGGACAACCCUGGUUCAUGGACAAGAUGUAAAGCGAUCAACUUGGGCUUAUACAUGACUUCUAGGGCUAAUCCAUCAAGCUUUAAUUUGUAAUUUUACAAUAAAAUCUAGAGUUUCUAUUCCCAA